AUGCAGCUCACCCCGAUGCCCACGGCCCUGGUUGACGCGGCGGAGCAGGCCCCGUCGUCCGGACCCAAGAUCGAUGCGAGGCACCCGGGCAGCGCCUGCACCAGGCUUGCUUGUCCCCAGCGGCCGCACAUGGCAAUACAGGCUGCAGUGGCCGUCGGGCGGAAACCGUCGAGCCAAAACCCGGCAUCGAAUGGCAACCAUGUGCGACGAAAAGGCGGGGCGCGGCAGUGUGGUGGCGGUUGUGGUUGGAGGGCGGGCACCAGCGCUUCGCGGGCGACGUUCGGUGGUGGUUCCGUUGGCGAACGUUUCGUUCAUGCACGCGGAGCCAACAGCCAAUGUUUGUUUUCAAAGGUGUGCGGGACGAGGCCCGGCCGUGACGCGGAGAAGCAGACGGGGUAG